GAAAUGAGCAUGAUUUCAUUUGGAAAGGAGUUGGGGGAGCAAAUAUGCUCCAGGUGCUUGACAUCUUGGAUAACGAAAUGCACCAAGGCAAAUUCUGUGAGAUGGUCUAUGUGAAAUUGAAAUAGAUCUGACCUACUGCCACUGAGCAGGUCCUGAGGGCUGGAGGCCUUCUGUCCAACACAGGCAGCUCUACUGUCAUCAGUAGGUGCUUAGUAUCUUCUGUGUAUAUGCUGCCCUUCACCCAGAAGGGUCCCAGAGUUCUAGGGGGAACUGCAGCAGCUGUUUAAUAACACACAACCGUUUAGGACCAGGAAUGAAGAAUAACUUUGCCAAUUGCAAUGGGAGAUGGGGCACAGUGUAAUAAGUGGGCCUUAAGUGAGCCCUGGCUGCUAACACAAGGAGUCACACACAGCUUGAAAAUGGCACUUCCAGCAGCAUGGUGCCCUUGAACAAAAUGCAAGGAAUUGAGUUCAGCGCUGAUUUAGAAAGAGAGUUUCCUCCACUACUGAAUCACCAGCAGCCAGGUGAUCCUUGAGAAAUUUUACAAUAUCCGUAAUCCCAGUGUCCCCUGAGAUCUGGCUCAACCCUUUCCCCCUGCACUAUUAGUGGGUGUGUAGCAGACUUGGAGACGCUAAGCUCCUAAAGGCUCCAGGUUGCUGAUCCUAGUCAGUUAUGUGAGCUUUAGCCAUUGUCUACAGAAGUAGAGAUGUUUCCUGUGCCAUGGACAGAGCAUGCCUGGCUAGCUGGAGAGAGGCAGUGGUCUGAGAACAGAUAGUAGUGGGGAAGUUUUGAUGAGGCCUUUGUGCUGCAGCAGGGCUGGGAUGGACAGAGGGCCAGGACAGUGCUGGAGUGGCCUUUUCCCUGCACUAGGACAGAGAGGGAUAUGAAAUGAAGACAUUUAGCAGGGCAGAGGUUGUGUUGUGUCUUAAUUCCCAGCUAAGGCCAAUAGGGAGGGAGACUCAGCCACACGCUUCCCCCUUCCUGUUCAGGUCAGUUAUUCUUUUACUUAAGGCUAGCAAGAUCCAGCAGGAAGCCCAUUGCCAAAUACAUGCUCUGCAGCUCUGGAGCAGCUGCUGUCCUUUGCCCUGCUGUCUGGAGAGCAGUGACUCAUCACAGGGAUGGCCUGGAAAGUUUAUACAGGGUUAUGCUGCCUUUCCCUUUUCACCUCCAUGGCAUGAGGAGCUUAACCAGGAAGGUAGAAGUGCCAGCCUCAUGCAGCUUGAGGUGUGCGUGUGGGGCUGGGGGGCAGGUUGCUCCCUGUGCUCUCUACCUUCUUUGGUAUGGGGAAUAUGUCUUCCUCAAGGCUCAACCUCUGAGUCCCCCAUGCCCCUGUCUGCCUGGGAAUAUUUUUGCUAGGAACUUGCUCCCCAUACCACCAAAGCAAGGUGGGAGGGUGAGUGGGUCAGCAGGGUUUCUGUGUGUGUCUGAUUCAAACCUCCCUCAUUAUCCAUUUUGAGGGAGGCUGUGAAGCUCUGGGUAUUCAAGGACCUGCACUGUCAUUCCCCAUCUGCUGGGCUGGGGGAGCCGGAAGCAUGAAGCAGCCACUCAGCAAGUAGUGGGCUUUCUACUAUGGUGGCAAGGUGCUUCCCCUGCCCAUCUGCUGCUGGCUGUUUCAAGACACCCUAGUAUCAUGUCUGCAAACAACCAGUGUCUUUCAGCCAUUACCGACCCCUGGAUUCCUCCCUCCCGUUAAGUACCUCUGGGCUUCUCACCUCACUAGGGCCCUUUGCAUUAUUUCUCUGUCCUCUGGCAUUCACCACUCCUUCCAUCUCGGUCUCUCUGAAUGGUGCUGAUGUGACACGUCCAACCGAAGUUAAAUAAAUCCAAUCAUAACUGCAAUCUCUGUACUCCCCACUAUACCCCUCUCCCAACUUAAUACAUCCCUUUUACCUUUCUCCUUUACAGCCUGUUUUCAGUCCACACAGCAGUGUCUUUGUCCAAUGAACUAAGUUUUCAAGUAAGAUUUUUGUGAGCUACAGUCUCAGUCCUAAAUAUGCGAGCCCUAUUGCACUCCAUCCAUCCACCAACAUUGUCACUCUGCCAGUGAGAGCCACCUGGGCUGGCAAACAAGACUUAUUCUUCCUGACUGCCCCGAGGCUACCUAUUGCUCAUGGUUCCAUUGAGUGUUAAUGUCAAGGGAUUUUUCUCUCCCCGUUUGUUACAUUAUUUUGAUAGAGUCGGGUUAGAUACAGGUCCUGUGUCUCAGUUCCUAGGAUCUGCAAUGAGACUGGGCAGGGGCGUUUUCCAGACUGGUCAUGCAAUCAUCUGUUUUGAAUUUGGUAUGGCCGAGGGAGCCAUUUGUCAUGUUACCACAGCAACUUGCAGACUCCUUGGCCUGUGCGGCUAGGAGGUGGGGCUUUGAGGUGGUACCGUCUGGGGUAAGCUGCAUCUUAGUCAGAGGAUCUGCUCUGGGGAUAGCACGACCAGACGCUCUCAGCUCCUGGCACCCUGCUGAGGACAGCAUCUGACUGCUGCUCCACUGAUGUAUCAUGAUGGCAGCAAACAGGAGCCAGAAAAUGCAGAAUGGAAGCACAAAGGAGAAUCUGCUGCAGAGGGUCUUGCAGCUGCCGGUGGUGAAUGCAACCUGCGAAAGCCUUCAGAGGACAUACACCAGCACCAAAGAGGUGCACCCACUCGUGGCAUCGGUGUGUGAGGCCUAUGAGAGAGGAGUCAAGGGGGCCAGCUCGUUGGCUGUGUGGAGCAUGGAGCCUGUGGUGCGCAGACUGGAGCCUCAGUUCACAGCUGCCAACAUCCUGGCCUGUAGGGGCUUGGAUCACCUGGAGGAGAAGAUCCCUGCCCUCCAGUACCCAGUGGAGAAAAUUGCAUCCGAACUGAAGGACUCUAUCUCCAUCCCCAUUCAAACUGCCAGGAGCACCAUUGGCAACUCCAUAGCUGGCACCUUGGACAGGGUCUUGGGGCUGACUGUUGAGGGUUAUGAGCUGACCAGGAGCACAGCAGAAUAUAUCUGGAGCAGCCAGGUUAGCCAGAUGGCAGCUGCCAGGGUAGAUGGAGCCCUGGGACAGCUAGAGAAGCUGGUGGAGUUUCUCCUGCCAGAAGAGGAGCAUGAGCCAGCUCAUGAGCCCACAAGGGUGCGUGGAUCUGAAGUGACGCCCUCCCAGCCACAGCCUGGCAUCUUCACCAGGAUCGGUGCUUUGGCCAGCACCAUCUCCCACCGCGCCUACCAGCAGUCAGCCAGAACCAUCCAGCGCACUAAAGCCGGAGGGCAGGAGCUGACCACAUGGAUUCCAGGCUUGGGUGCCGUGGCCAGGCAGAGCACGGCCAAGGCCCAGCAGGUCCUGUGUGAUGUGCAGAAUGCAGCAGCUGGUUGGCUGAGCAAGGAGCAAAGUAAGGAGCCAGAACAGGAGCAAGAGAAGGAAGAGCUGGAGAAAGAAGAAACCAAAGGAAGUGAGAUGGCUGAGGUUGCCAAGACUCCAAGCCUCCUGGGCAGCAUGGCCCAGAACCUACAAACUGCCUAUCUCUCCGCCAUCUCCAACGUGAAGAGGGUCCCCUCUGCUGCCUGGGGGACAGCUGGGGAGCUGCUCCAACUCACCCCUCGCAAGGCAGCUUCCAUAGCCAGAGAGAAGGUGGGCGCUCUGGGGGAUGCCCUACGCACUGUUACCGGGAGCAUGGUGGAGACCCUGUCCCACUACGUGCAGCUCCCCAGGCUGCUGGCAAAGAAAGAGGAGACGGCGCAUGAGAAUGAUCCCACUCCUGAGCAACACCGAAGUCAGGAGGGCUCCAGGCCUGUGGCUUCCCCAUCCCCGGAGAAAUCCCAGCUGAGAGGAAACUGGCGAGCCAACCGAGCUCACCAUCCCCUCUCCUUCCUGGGGCUGGAGGAUCCCUUCUUCCUGCAGCCGAGCUCCUUCCAGCGCCAGGCUCUACAGCGGAGCCCAACCUUCGAGCCCGACCACCCCAUGACCCGCAAAUCUGCCUUCUCCCCCUAUAGGGAGGGGCUCAGCACCAGGAGGGUGAGCAAAAAUUCAUACCGCUACAGCCCAGAGCCUGUGUACACCAGGGCUAACUAUAGCAACCUCUACACCAUGGCCUUCAAGAAGGACUGAACCGGGGCGGGGGCUGGAGCUCGUUCACUCCCUGCUUCACACAUGCCAGCCUGCACCUGCUGCGCUUAGUGCCUUGUCGAGCAUCAUGCUGUUGGUUUCAGUAUUAGGACCCUCAGGAGUUAAUCUCAAAGCAGUGUUCCCUCUGUACAGCCCCAGCACAGAUAAGGGGACAGGGACGGGGACUUACCUUCACCUCUGGCACCAUGGUCAAUUGCAGCUUGAGGCCAGGAGUGAAAUGAGUUUGACAGUCCCAGCUCAUUCCCUUUCCCAGCAGGCCGGGUGCAUUCAGGCCUGUUUCUGUGUGUCUGCCCAGAAGGGAGCUGGCCUGGAGACUGAGACUGACUUGAGGCCCUGCUUAGUGGGGAGGCCUGCUGUGCAGUAUCACAAUGGCCAUGGGGGGAAAACGAGGGCAGGGUUGCAGUUUGUGUCACUGCCCAUCCCUCCAAGGUGACCCCACAGAGAAAGAAAUGGGGUUGUGCCCUGUUGGCUUCUUUCUGAAGAGAGGUCAGAGGGUCCUCAAUCCCAAAUGCUGCUGGUAUUUUACAGCAGGUGCUGUAUCAGGAAUGUCAGGGCUGGUCUGUGCUGGUUUUACCAGUGAAGCCACUGGGGCUUUUGCAUUAUCCUGGGAGUCUUCUCAGCCCUCAGUUGAAAGGACAAUGUGCUGAAUCCCUAGCAAAGAUGUCCUUUCUCCACCAGGUUCACUGGUCCUUGUAGUUACAUGGCUUGCCAUGUGUGUCAUUCUGGGUUUCUUUUAUUCCCCCAAACUGCCUUGUGAGGUAGAGGCAAUAAGCCGGCUGUAGUGUGGGUCGGGGGAUAGGGGGGCAAUUGCUGGCCCCCUCUUGCGUGUGAUGGGUUGAAUGGCAGUGACACAGUAAGAGGCAGUUUCCUGAGUGGGAAGGUGAGGACUGGAAGCAGGAAAAUGAAGGAAGAAGCAGCUCUACCGUGAGGGAGCAGAGGAGAGGAGAAGGAGGGGGAAGAGGGAGCAGAGAAGAGGGAAAGGAUUGCAGGAAAGGGCAGGAGCUGGGAGGCCAUGUUGCCUAGGGCUGGGCCUUGCUCAGUAGUGCUUAUCUUGCAUGUACCCUGUGUGGGCAGCAGCUGAGGCGGAGGCUUGUCUUUGCACUGUAGGCUGGGGGAGCCGGGUUCUGCUGCAGACCAGCCCCUCCCAUCAGACAGCAGUUUUAUAAAUGCCUGAGGGGGGAACGUGGCUUCCCAUCCUCGUUCCUUCCCACCCUCAUCCCGCGCAGGACAACCCUGCCUCUGGCCUAGUCUUCCUCUGCAGAAGUCACUUGAGACCCAAGGGAAGAAAUCCGUGCUGGACGGCAGGAUCCAUGGGUGGGAGCUCCCCAGAAGCCAGGCCAUCUCCUUGGCCCUCCAUGUGGUGUUAGGGCUUUGUGGAGUCAGUAACAAGGCAUGUGUUAUGCAGUCUAUGGCAUGGGGGAGCUCUUGGAGCCCCUUUCUUCCUAUCCUGUAGGAGCAGCUCAGUAUCCGGGUAGGUUCCCUGCAGGACGGUGAGCUGUAUCCCCCUCCCAGCUGUGUGUUUCCCCAUCCCCCACUCAGGGCAACCGGCUCUUCUAUUUACUGCAAUAAUAAACAUUCCCCACUUG